GACCAACACGGCCAACAGAGCCAACACGGCCAACCGAUGUCGGCAUCCCUCAUAGCUCGAUAAUGGGUAAUGAAAUCUUGGGCAAUAUUAGUAUCAUUUUGUGCACAGCGACGGGGCAAAUCUGGCAAUAUAAGAGCUUUGAGAUUCUGAGGCGCUGGAGAGAUUUAUUGGCUGGAUAUAAUUUUCACAGGUGGUGCUGUUGGCCCUAAAAUACAGAAUACGCCACGCCUGAGGGCAUCUGCACGCCCAUCACAUUCCCCACUGCAGUGUGGUGAGCACCGACGCUGAGUGGCCGGGCAGACAGGUAUCGGCCGUGCCCCCUCUCCCAAAAAUCACAGGCUUCCCCGCUCGGACACCUGGACUCGCCUGCGCCAUUAAACUCUAAAAAACAAACCAACAGAAACUCUGCCGCCCACCAUGCAGCCGUUUGCUCUUCUUGUCGCUGCCCUUGUCGCUACUGUUGCUCAGGCCGCCCCUGGCGGUACUGGUGGUAACGGUCUCUUCUUCGCCACUGUUGAAGAUGCAUCGGAGUAGUUCUGCCUUUACUUAUACCAUUGUGAUUUCUUUUCGUUUAGGGAGAGGAAAGGGGAGCAUGAUACCAUAUACCCACGCAUAGAUUAACGCAUAUAUAUUUGUUCUGUUUUGGAGUUGGGAGCCAUACCUUGAGAUAUUCACCACGUCAUGAUCUCCUUACGCAACCAUGUGGCCUUUCGGCAUGCUCGGUCAAUCUGCUUAAACCUUGUUAUAUCUGGCUCGUAAAAUACAAGCCAGGUAGAGGGGUAUAUUUAUCAUUAUCAUCGUGCCUGGCGUGCCGCGUUGGACCGAAGACGGGAAGGUUUCUUAGGCGUUGGUGGCUGAAACGAGGUGGUCGAACUCUGUUUGCAGGGUGGAGAAACCCACUCCAAAAGUAGACCUGCUGUUGGCCCUAGUAAAUAUACAUUGUUGGCUGCUCGCCCCGUCCCAUCCCCUCAUCAGAUCUCGUCCGUCUCCCUCUACACCUUCUAUGAUAUCUGCUAUGAGCUCGAGCAAAUAGCCGAUGCCAUGGAUUUAAGCAAUCUUUCUCUAUCUGAGAAAGGCUUGGUUUUGGUUCAUGCCGCAUCUCUCUUGUCCUCCCUUUUGCUCUAUGUCCCGCCGCAUAUCACUGGGCGAGAGCCACAACGUCUGGCAGUAGCCAAGCCUAUACGUUUGGCUGCUGUCUUUGGCAAGGCCGUCGUCUUAUGUACUGAGAAGGAAAAUGGGAUCUUGCACGAUUUCCUUAGCACUCUUGCCCUUCUUGGCUGCGCAAUGCCGGCAUUUGCACUUGUAUUCCCUAACCUUGUCGCUCUAUUUAGUGGCCAGCAUGUUCUAUACAUAAGCAUCGUUCUCGACAUACUCUUUGAUGCUAUCGCCGCCCCUCAGUUUUCUCGGUUUUUUGUUUCGCCACUCCUACCUCGCCUAGGAUUAAUAUCGAUGACAAUCAACUGUAUACUUCUCGCACGACCUCCAUCAAGUCUUGCGCAAGCUGCUCAAUCCAGGGACUGGUCAUUCACUAGACCUUUAAAAGAGUUUUGGAGUACAACAAUGUCAAUUACAAAAGAAGCCACUAUCCCAAAUCCCGAUGCUAUCCAACCUGCCGACCGAUAUGUACAUCAGGAUCAGUUUGCUGUAACCAUUGAAAAGCAGCUUUUUACUUUACAGGACAAGCGAAAACAGUCAAAAGAGGACGGCACAGUACACAGCCUAGCAACAGCAUUGGUUUCAUUCCUGCUUGAUGGUCACCCAGCGAUUCUCUUUCAAGUCUUCAUUUUCGCUCUCUUAUCCGUGCUCCAGUCUAUUUACUUGCAAAACACACUCCCUCUGCUUGGCUUGGCUUCCCCAAAGCUCACCCCUGCGCACCUACAUUUUGUGCUGGCUACAGCCGUUUUGUUCACUGGGAUGGCUAUUAUCAAAGCAAAACUUGGUGCACUUACCGUUGAUGCUACCUAUAAAACUAAACAGGUAUUGACAGCUGCUGUAUUCCAGAAGACCCUGCGCCUAAAUAAGCGUAUUGCUCUGGAUUCAACAGCUCGCACCUUACUAAGCGACGAAAUCGAAACCAUAGUAACCAACAUGCCAUUUGCUUCGUCUGCCAUCCUUAGCGUGGUAGAGAUAUGCUUCGCCUUAUUGGCGUUAAGAUACACGGUGGGCACACUAGGUUCUCUUGUCUUGGUAGCCAGUACAAUUCUACACCUGUACAUGGUGCAUCAUACGUCGCAGAUGGGAGAGCAACAGGCACAAAUAUCACAAGUCUCCCGAAGAUUGUUUUUAGCCGUUAAAGAUAUGGUUGGCUGUAUUGUGCCCCUCAAGAUGAUGGGCCUAGAAGACACAUACUUUACGCGCAUUCAUGCUCUGAAGAUGACUGAGCAAAAUGUAUGGCGGGAAAUCCAUCUAUCACAGAUUUCUCAAUCAAUUCAAACUGCGUUUUACGUGGGUCUCUCAACCUGCGUUCUCCUGGUCUCCAUGAUCUGGAAAUGCAAGGUUCAGGGCAUCUCUAUUACAGCCACUGCUCCUAUUGCUGCGUUGCUAUUUUAUCAAGUCAGUAUUUCGGCAGUAUAUAUACCUUCUCUACGUCUCAUAACCUCGAUAAAACAUAAUCUCGACCAAAUUGAAGAAUUUCUCGAUACGGCCGAACCGAUGGAACAGAGACAACUACGAGCGUUAGGUGAGAGCGCGAACUCAGAUGGAGCGAAUGUUCGAAUUGCGGGUCUCACAUGCUAUUUGAAUGGAACCACGGAACCCCCGUUCCGCAGAUUGGAUCUGUCACUCAAGAGUGGGACAGUGACAGUUAUACGAGGCUCGAGCGCCUCCGGUAAGUCAGCAAUUCUUGAAUCGGCAUUAGGUACGAUUACUGCCACAGCAGGGAGUAUUGAAGUACCAGACUGCCCUAUCGCCUACUGCAGUCAGACUACAUGGCUUCAAAAUGCCUCUAUUCGGAAUAAUAUUAUUGGCUUAUCGACGAUUGACGACAAUUGGUACGAUCAGGUUGUCAACGCUUGUGACUUGCAAGUAGACUUUGAGGCCUUGCCUCAAAGUGACUCCACAACUGUCUCUAACAAUUCGCUGAAUCUCAGCGUUGGUCAAAAAAUGAAAAUAGCAUUGGCUCGGGCAGUCUACAGCAAGGCCCCUUUACUACUAUUAGAUGACGCAUUUUCCAUUUUCGAUACAGCUAUGGCGUUAAAAAUUAGCCAAUCAUUAUUUUCUCACGAUAGUGGCCUUUUGAGACAGUCUGGUGUCACAGUACUACUCGCCACUCAAACAUUUCCUAUUCCCGGCGUGGUUGAUGUGGUGUACAAUAUUCAUGCCAACGGAGCCUCUGAAGUUUCUCAUCAGAGCCUACAAUUCACCCCGACAUCCAGCGCAUCGGAUCAAACCGCGCAAGCUCGCAUCGCCCAGCCCCAACAUCAGCCUGCUGAUAGGAUUGGGCCAAUUCACGUUAGAUACAAUGGAUUUUCAAUCAUGGGUCUGUUACGCUUUGUAUUGAAUACCUUUCUGGACAGAAAAUCCUUCUACAGGUUUUUCUGCCUCCUUGUACUAUUCUCUUGUCUUGAAUGGUAUAUUGAUGUUCCUGUUUGGACUGAUUUUCAGUUAAAGAAUAGCAGUGUUUAUUCUUUCUGCAGUUGGGUAUCAGCAUGCGUCAUCAGUGGUGCCAUUACUAUAUUUGCGUAUAGGGUUCUAAAGCUAAAUUUGAUACCCAACUUUGUCAAGUCGACACAUGGUAAGAUGUUGCAAGCAGUAUUGUGGGCGUCUGCCGCGUGUAAUGCGGCCAAUGCCGAUCAAGUUGAGACUAUUAUGAACGAAGACAUGUUUGCAGUGACUAGGCGCCUGCCUAGUGUGCUUGCACAAAUCGUUUACGAUGGUAUCUACCUAGUUUUAUAUUUGGCUACCUUGGUUUCUGUAACGAGGUACUCGAUAUAUUCGGGAGUUGCUGCUAUUAUCGUCUUUUAUCUGGUUCAGAAAAUAUUUGUUGCCGCUUCUCAAGUGGCCGACAAGAUAUCAGCGGCAGCAUCGAUGAAGAUGAAGUCGAACUUCUCCAACAUUAUCGACGGAUUGACACACAUCCACGGCUUUAGAUGGAGCCAUCAGACAUGGAAACAGCUGCUGUCAGACCUGAGUGCAGCACAGCAGGCAACGAGACAACAGUUGAGACUUGACCCCUGGCUUGUUAUGGCUGUUGAUCUUACAAUUGUAGGCGUCAUAUCCUGCUUGGCCGUAUCUCUUACGAUAUUCCGUGAUAGUAUCAGCUCUUAUUCUGUGGCUCUGAAUAUAUUGACGGUCUGCAAACUACACAAAAUGGCGGUUGAGAUGGCAAAGCUCCUCCUCGCAUUAGCAAACACAAAGGAGUCACUCGCUCGAAUGGAAUACUUCCGCUCCAACUUUGAAUCAGAAGAGGUGAGAGAAGCAGUCGUCUUACCUGAGAGAUGGGGUGAAGACGCAUCUAUCGAGUUCAACCGGGCCGUCAUUGGCAAUCAUGCUCCCAUCACAGGCAUUGCCAUACCUGGUCGGUUUGUCACCAUCCGGGGACGCAGCGGAAGUGGCAAAUCACGAAUCUUACUUGCCCUGUUAUCAUUGGUUCCGUAUGAAGGAUCCAUCAAGAUAGCAGGCCGGGAGGUUCGUGAGAUCCCCCCGCGAGAGCUUCGCAAGCACAUCUCCACCAUCACACAAGAGCCGUUUGACCUGCCCGGCACUGUUGAGGACAACCUUUUCCUGUACAAGCUGCGCAAUCCAGAGAUUACCGGACGAGUAUUGGAUACCGUCACCAUGUUUCUCUUGGCACAAAUCGGUAUACUCGAUGCCGUGGGCGAUUACUACGACGCUGCCUUCAGCGAGCUGCACCUCUCGUAUGGUCAACGCCAAGGUGUGAACAUUGCCAGAACUGCACUGCAUAAGUUUCAGACAUCAAACUUCAUUCUUCUCAUGGAUGAUGCUUGUGGCAGACUUGAUCACGAGACUGCAGCGGCCUAUAAGCAGGCAGUGAGGGAAUGCUUCUUUGGCAACGCCAGUAUUAUGGUUGAGACUGCCGACUGCGAUCUUGAGGUUGUUGGACUACUACCGCUGCCUGACCCCGUCGAUCCACUCGCUUAGACGGAAUAGGUAGAACAGGCGGAUGAUUUUGCAAUUGUUGGCAUGUCCUUUGUAUUUUAUUUAUCUUGGUUCUUGUUGCGUUUGCACUACUUGCACUUUACUCCUCUCUGCCCCUUGCUUCAUUGCACACGUAAUUUGCUGUUUAAUGCUUUCUCAAUUAUAUACUGAACUUCAUUAUUAUUUUAUUAAAUAUAUUUACUAAAAUUAAGUCUUUUCCUCUAAAUAUACCGAGCUGAGUAACCAUCACUUCUGAGAAAAAAUAUUCAUAGUC